AUGGGGGACGAAGAUCUUGUCGUGGCCGUACGGUUGUGCGAUACGACAGAAGCAGAACAACCGGAUCCAUUGUGUCUGCGACAAGAGGAUUUGGAAAAAUGGCGACAUUUUGAAAGCUUGCUGCGUGGAAUGUACCAGAACCCACCUGAUGCAAUCAGUGUCACAUACCUGGAUGAUGAGAAUGAUUGGGUACAAGUUGGAAGUGAUGCUGAGCUUUCUGAAGCUGUGAGGACGGAUGGUGCUGCUUCUGUUAGUAAUGUUGAUGUCUCUAGUAAGCAGUUACUGGACUUGCUGGCUGCUUCAAAAGCUGGACAGUCCACCAUCCAAGGAAGGUUAGCCUACACUUCAGCUCUUCCAAAGAGUAAGGCCUCAAAACAACGGACUCCUGUCCCCAUGCCCAGGAAUCUCUUGAUGAUGGAAGGUGCCCAGUCUGGAGCUAAUGCUGUAGCCAUUGAGAUCCCUUCCGAGUCUUCUGACUUUUUCCAAGGGGUUGCUGUCAACAAAGAGGAGGAAAUUGCAGCUAUAAAGAUUACUGAAGAUGUGGAGUCUGGAGAGAAGUUGAACAUGAAGAAAGAAGCCACAACUCUAAGCCGAAGUGAUUUCGCCAAAUACAUGAAGAAGGUUAGUG